UUAGAAACUUACAAUCUGUUAUGUACAUUUUAAUAUUUAAUCAACAUCGCAAUUCAGUUUUUCACAAGCUGUCUGUAUAUAGUGUUUUAUCCCCAGUUGGUUUGUUUAGAUCAGUCUGGCAUGUUUUGGACAGCCGAAAUGGGACCUUCUUCUUUAUAAAGACUUCCUUCACGGAUCAAACCGUCUCAACUCGGUGAGGCCGGCUGGGCGCAUCCUCACUAUUGAAAAGAGAAAAAGAAAGCAACACAAUAUAAACAAAAGAAAGAAAACCUUGCGCUGUUGUAUUUCUCUCGUGAAUAAGCUCCCCCCCCUCUCAGUGGAUACAUAGUGCAUAAAGAUGCCCUCAGCAAUGAAUGGUAACAGGACAGUGCAGUCGGCCAGCCCAGAUGGGGGAUCUGCUCCUGGACAGAUCACCCUGGGCGGAGGGCAGUCCUCUGGGGCCCAGACCGAGGCAAUGAAGCAAGUCCUGGGCGUCGUCGACAAGAAAGUCCGCAACAUGGAGAAGAAAAAGGGCAAGCUGGACGAUUAUCAAUCUAAGAAGAAUAAAGGGGAACGUCUCAACCGGGACCAACUGGAUGCCCUGACCAAGUAUCAGGAAGUGACUAAUAACCUGGAGUUUGCCAGGGAGUUACAGAAGAGCUUUCUUUCACUGGGACAAGAUAUCCAGAAGGCGGUGAAGAAGGCAGCGCGACGGGAACAGCUCCAGAGAGAAGAGUCUGAGCAGAAGAGGCUGAAGACUAUCCUGGAGCUCCAGUUCCUCCUGGACAGGCUGGGAGAGGACAGUGUGAGGCAGGAGCUGAGACAAGGGGCUGCCAGUGUAGACACACCUUCACUCCUCACCGACACGGAGCUCACUGCCCUGGACGAGCUCUAUAAACUAGUGGGACCAGAACCAGACCAAAACACCAGGUUUACUGACCAGUACGAGGAGGCUUCUCAACACCUCAUGGAUCUGUUGGAGGGAAAGGACAAAGCUGUGGCAGGAACUACGUACAAAGCUCUGAAGGACAGCCUGGACCGAGUGCUGCUAAGCGGGUACUUUGACCAAGCCCAGUCUCACCAGAAUGGAGUGUGUGAGGAGGCCGAGGAGCAGGCCGUCGACCCAGAGGGCGAAAUAGUUGAAGAGUACAUAGAGCCCAUUGAGGUGGAAGCUACAGAGUUCGUUAACAGACAAUUCAUUCUAGACACCACAUACAACGACAAGGAGCAAGGAGAUGAGUGGACCACUGAAACAGAGGCGGUGAGUACCAUCCUGCAACAGCCUGUACAGUCUGCCCCUCCCCCUAUCACCACAGAGGCCCACCCCCUGAACGGGGCCACGCCCCCAGGCACACCCCCUGCAGACCCGGUGGUCAGGAAGCAGGAGGUCCAGAACCUGUUGUCACAGAUGCAGGGGCCUUACAACUUCAUGCAGGACUCAAUGCUGGAGUUUGAUGGGCAGCCCAUCGACCCAGCCAUCGUCUCGGCCCAGCCCAUCGACCCAGCCAUCGUAUCGGCCCAACCCAUCGACCCAGCCAUCGUAUCGGCCCAACCCAUCGACCCAGCCAUCAUAUCGGCCCAACCCAUCGACCCAGCCAUCAUAUCGGCCCAACCCAUCGUAUCGGCCCAGCCCAUCGACCCAGCCAUCGUAUCGGCCCAGCCCAUCGACCCAGCCAUCGUAUCGGCCCAGCCCAUCGACCCAGCCAUCGUAUCGGCCCAGCCCAUCGACCCAGCCAUCGUCUCGGCCCAACCCAUCGACCCAGCCAUCGUAUGGGCCCAGCCCAUCGACCCAGCCAUCAUAUCGGCCCAACCCAUCGUAUCGGCCCAGCCCAUCGACCCAGCCAUCGUCUCGGCCCAACCCAUCGACCCAGCCAUCGUAUCGGCCCAGCCCAUCGACCCAGCCAUCGUAUCGGCCCAGCCCAUGAAGCCUCAACCACAGAACAUGGACCUGCCUCAGAUGGGCUGUCCCCCAGUCCACCCAGAAUCCUGCCUCUCACCACACACUGUUCCUGUACAGCCUGAGUCCACACAAGUCCCCAUGGUGUCCCCCACGCCUGAGGUCUACUCCACGCCGCCUCCCAUGUACCGCUCAUCACACACGGCAGAACCCCGACCACAGACUGACUCCAUCGACACCAUCCAGGUGUCCCUGUCGUCAGAGCAGCCCCCUGCCUCUUCUCAGCCCCAGCAGGUCUUCCAGCCUGUCAGCCCCAGACCCCCACACAGCUCCGGAAUCAAUGUCAACGCAGCACCAUUCCAGUCCAUGCAAACAGUAUUCAACCUCAACGCCCCUGUCCCGCCAGCCAAUGAGACAGAAGCCUUGACCCAGGCCAGCCAAUACCAGAACAGCUACAGCCAACAGGGCUUCAGCAGCCAAUCACAGCAGCUCCCUGUGGAGCAGACGGAGAUGCAGACGGAGAUGCAGACGGAACAGCUGCAGUCUGGAGUUGGUGCCUUCCACUCCCAGGACCUAUCCCUGCCCAGCCAGGACUUGUCCCAGGGGCAGCAGCUCAGCCAGCAGGGUCCGGGGUUUGGCCCUGGGGCCAGUCGCCAGGCCCAGUCCUUCUACAACAGCAGAGGAAUGACCCGCGGAGGGCCACGUAAUGCCCGUGGCCUGACCAACGGAUUCAGAGGUUAUGACAGUUACCGGUCUCCCUUCACCAACACUCCUAACUCUGGAUACCAACAGGCCCAGUUCAACCCACCUCGGGACUACUCCAACGGUGGCAACUACCAGCGGGGGGAAGGUUAUAAUCCGAACUACAAACGUGGAGUGGGUCAGGGACCCAGAGGUGUGUCUCGAGGAGGCAAUGCCCAGGCCAUGAGGUCCUGAUCGGGCCUGUUUGACUGACUGACUCUGACUGCUGGUUCCAAUUCACUCCUUGGCCCUGGCCCUAACAUUUCAAUGUUUUCAGAUCUAAAGGACCACACACCGUACUGAAUGUUGAUCUGCUGUUUGUUCAGCGACCACCUGAUCGCUGGUGGACAUGUGACAUUUUUGUACGAUUCUACGUGUAAGAUCUGUUUGCAGUCGGCACUCUGUUCAGAGGUGUUAAGUACUCUCAGCUGGAAAAAGCUACUGGUCUGUCUGAGCCUUAAAUCGUCUGGAGACGUAUAACAGGUGUAGUGGUAGACUGACUUAGGUCUCUUUGUUGUCCCGAGUGGGACAAGGAUGCAACAGUCGCAUGUGGAGUUUCCACCAUAUUGCGUCUUACAGAUCUGUAAAAAAAUGUAAGGGUCCAAGGUGGUGGGGGGUAAGGAGCGAAUUGGGACAGGUUUUGACUGAGCGACAACAUGCCAUGCCACACUUAUUCAAGAUAUCCAGAAUGCAGUUUGCCCCCACCUCACUUUUUAUUUGUCAUAAAGAUUUGUUUUAAAAUGAGUCUGAAUAUACAAGCCAAGCUGUAAAUCUGACACAUGGGUUUAAGCAACCCUGUUUUGAAACAAAUAUUCCUGUAAACUUGAAAUAUUUCAUUAUUUUUAUGAAAUAAAACACAUACUCUGUCA